UUUACAAUGAGAGUCUUGAUUGGAAUUAUUAUAUUGUGCUUUUGUGCUUAUGUCAAUUGUGAUAUAUUUCCAGAGUGUGAUGGCAUACCAAGUCGAAGUUAUGUAGCAAGUAGUCGAAAAAAUGGUUGUCGGUCGUUUAUAUUUUGUAAUGGUGAAAAAUCCUUUGAAGACUCAUGUCCUUUGAAAUUGGCAUUUAAUCCUGUGGAAGAAACUUGUGAUUUAAAGGAAAAUGUUGAGUGUGAUGAUGAUGAAGAUGAUUAUGAUAUUGAUGACGUUGUUAAAAUGAGCAGUAUUUCACCAACAAGAAAAUCAUCAAUUUCUUCCAAAAAACCAAUUACAGCUACAACAAAACAACAUCCAACACCACCUGGAAAACCCUUAAAAACAACGAAAAAAAAUUCACCAACGAAAUCAACAACAUUGGGAAAAAGUUCUAAACGACCAGUUCCAACAAGAAAACCAUUAGGAUCGACUACAAAAAAGCCUAAAACUAAUUCACCAACAAAACUUACAUCAUUGAUACAAUCAACAACGAAAAAAUAUUCACCAACACUAUCACCAAAUCGACCAUCAAGUAAAAAACCAUCACCUUCAACAACAGUUAGACCAAAAACAUCAUCAACAUCGUCAGAUGAUUCACCAAUUCGUUUGCCAACACCACCACAAGGUGGAGGAGGUCAUUAUGUUCCUGAUCGUCCAAAAAAACCUAUUUCACCAACAACUUUAUCAGAUGAAUCAUAUGAAGAAGAUUCAACAUGGUUGCCAACUGAGGUGACAUCAAAAACUAAAAAAUUAUCUUCUCGACCUUCACCAACAACAAAAACAACAACUACGAUGACGACAACAUCAACUGAAACAGAACUAUUAGCAAGCUCAGAAGAAACAAAUGAUAUCGACGAUAGCAUUCAAGAAAUUCGAGAAGAAUGUCGAAAAAAGUUCAAUGGAAGUUUUGCCUAUCCAGGCGAGUGUAAAUUUUACUAUCGUUGUAUAAGUGGACAUUUAAGUAAACAGGAAUGCCCCAGGAGUUUUGGUUGGGAUGCCAAGAGUAAAAUGUGUACUUCGAAAGGAUGUUCGAAAAAAUAAAUAAGAAAAUAUUCUUUUUUUUUUGAAAAU